AUGGCUCCACCUCCACCAAAGGAUGCUAGAAACUUCACGCCAUGGGGGCUCGACCAAGACAACAUUCUCGAGGACAUUAGACCCGAAACUCAAGAACCAAAUGAUGUUAAUCAAGACCAAGACGAAGAUGAAUAUGAGGAGGUUCAAGAAGUUGACGCGCGUGGAAAGAAAAAGGAAGGCCCGAAAAAACGUGAGAGUUGGAAUGACGAACAAGAGGUUGCGUUGGCUCAAGCUUGGAUCCAAAUUUCGGAAUGUAAAAAAUUUGGGAAUGAGCAAAAAGCGGAAGGUUUUUGGAAGCGGGUUCUCGAGCAUUAUGUUAGUCAAAUGGGGGGCACUACACGAACCGUCCAUGGUAUUUUGCCAAAGUGGAAAACGAUGAAUGAUGCUAUGGGUCUCUACAACGGUAUUCACAUCCAAGUGAAACGAGUCAAGGGUAGUGGGUGCAACGAUUUGGACAUUCAAAACGAGGCGAUGAGAUUGUACAAGAAGCGAACCAAAAAAGAUUUUGGUCAUAUGGAAGCAUGGAAGGUCGUGAAUACUCACGACAAAUGGAAAGAUCAAGAGUGUUUUGCCGAUAUUUUGGCGACCGCGGGAAUCAUAAAUAAGGCGGCUAGUUCUUCUUCAAAAAGAAAGUCGACGGAGUAUGAUUCGGCUAGCAAUGAGAACAUCCUUUCCGACAUGAACGAAGACCCAUCUCCUCCCUUUGUUUCUUCCUCCAAGUCAAGAAAAAAGCAAACCACGACUUCCUCCUCUCAUGAUAUUGUAGCCCAUGAUAUUAGCGCCUACACGCACGAAAAGCGUGAUUAUUUGGUGCUUAAGCGCAAAAAGGAUCAAUUGGCGAAAGAUUUCUGGGCUACACAAAUCGAUGCCUCGAAGUCGAAGUCUCGACAAAGGAAUUUGAAGUUUUUUACCGACUCUCAUGCCCACAUCACCGAUCCGUAUCAACUCGAACUCAUUCUUCAAGAGAAACGUGAAAUCGCCGAAAAGUACGGAUGGAAAUGUAACUUUUAG